AUGGCUUUCCUGGAUUUCACAGAUCGCAGCUACGGUACGGCCGACGUUCUGGCUGACCUUAAGAUUGUCAGUGGUGGAUGGGGUGGCGGCGACUAUGAGCCCACUUUUCUUCGCGUGCUGAAAGAGACGAAUGGGGAUGACAAGACGCGGCCGCUUUGGACCUAUCUCAAGGUGGUGUCAUUGCAGGAUGCGCCUGAUCCUGAGACCGAAUCGCUGGAUGAAUAUGGCAUGCUGGAACUUAAGGUGCCAGACGACCAAACUGAAAGCGUUACCAGCCUCUACAACCUGUGGGACCUCCUCUACUGGAUAGACCCGGGCACGUCGGACGCAGAGGACGAAGAGCCCGCAAAGAUGGCAUACGUCACCGAGGCGCCAGAGGUGUUGACGAUGCGGAUUAAUGGUGCCGUUUCAUCUAUUGAUAUACCAGAGACCUUCUACCUCGACAGGUAUAUGGAAAGCAACAAGUGGAAAGCCGCGACGAUCCAAACAAAGAUCUGCCGGGUGCAUAGAGCGUUAGCCAAAGCCAAAGAGGUCGAAAAUCGCAUAACGAAGUGGAUCAGUCCACAGGAUGGGAAGGAAUGGGACCGGACCAUGCUGAUCAACAAAGUGAUCGAGCGUGAUGAGAAGGAGAUCCGGCGAGUCAAAGCUCUAGCACUCUGGAGAAAACACGAGGAGUGUAAUGCCUCGGAUGACCCAUUUCCUUAUCUGCCUCACCUACCUGCACAGCUUGACGAUUUAGUUGAGCUCAACGAGCAAGAAGAAACCGUUCUCAAGCACUACGAGGCUCACAUUGAUAUUCACAAGCAGAAGCUUGCCGAUAUUGAACGUAAAUUGAAUCGUUUAAAAGCAGAGAAGACGGCCUGUCUUGAACUAUUACAACGACUCAACGAAAAGUUGACUGUCCCCACCGGGGAUGUUCACUGGAAUCCUGUUCACGACUACUCCCUCCGCGGUGUCGCGGCGUCACCUGAUGUUGUGUAUAUCUGCAGGCGAGCUGAGCCAGACCUCAUUGACAUGGAAGGCGGCAACGCUGCUCCCAUUGACCAAUGGUGGAAGCUAGCCUACGUAGCAGACGAUGCCGACCCGAUCAAAGUAGAGAAAACCCAGAUCGAGACGGUCUUACGUGUUGCGUUGACAGAGAGCGAGGACAAGAAGCCUAUUCUUGUCUAUGCCUCCAAGAAAGCUUUGGCAGAGGAGCCCAGUCGAAUAUCACAACCACUACAGCUCUUUGUCAGAUUCGAUAAUCGCCUCUUCAAGCAGGAGGUCAUUGAGGAGAGCCCGCUGGAGCGCAAGCGUGGUGCAAAUGCGUCACCACAGUCGCCUUUUAAGAGACAACAUCGAGACCGAGCAAAUAGUGUGGACUCCAUGGCAUCGAAUCGGGCGUCUGUCGGAGAUCUCAGCGAUGAAGACCGGAACGUGGUGUUCGACCAAGACCCGUUUCAGGAAGGCGACGGGUCUCUAGGGACAGAGAUGCAGCCACUCAUUGACAUGACUGACCUGUCAGCGCAGUCGGCGCCUGUAGAGUCAUCAGAACCGCCCAAGUCAGAGGUCUAUGGCCACGCAAGGCUUCCAACUCCUCCAUACACUACUUUCGAUUCCGAAGUAGACUCUCCAACGCUUAGUCGCCAGUCACUAAGGCUUGCGAAUGUGAGCUUGGAUGAGCAAAGCACAAUUACCGGUACCGAAUCGCAAGCCAGAGAACCUGAGAUGCAGGAACGCAAUACGUCUAAUUUCCUUGCUCGAUCUGAUAAGAGAUCGGUCGAUAACCGAGCGUCGAUCAUGGAUAUGGACAUGGAGAUUCCAUCCGAAUUUGAGCAUCACCGCACCGAAGGAAAGCCUUAG